CUGUGUGCCGGGCAGCAGAUGGAGAUCGACGGCAGCUUCCAGCUCCAGGACAUCGUCGACGCCAUCUCCCAGCACGACGAGCUGCUGAAGCUGGACCUCUCCGUCACCGUCGCGGACCCCCUCCAACAGGACUGCCCGCUGAUCGCGUGCAGCAACGGGUUCACGGAGCUCACCGGCUACGCCGUUGGCGAGAUCGUGGGGCGCAACUGCCGCUUUCUCCUCGACGGCGUGCCGGACCAGUUCAUCGACCACGACACGCGGCUCAGGUGCCGCCACUACGUGUCCACCACCAAGGGCUAUCCUGGUGAUCCGACCCCCGACGAGACUAUCACAGAGUACCUGAAGGCGCAGCCCUGGAUGACCACGCGGCCGGGCGAGGUCAUCUGCGUGCAGACCAACGCCACGAAGACUGGCGAGCUUUUCAAGAACAUGUUCUACAUGAAGCAGGUUGAGCUCAACGAGCGGCCUUUCAUCCUGGGCCUGCAGGCCAAGCUGCCGGAAGCGUGGCAGGACACCGUGGACCAGGCGCGGCUGACCGCCUUCUGCCACCAGGCGUUCGUGCGCCUCGGCAGCAACAUGCGCGCCGUCGAGGAGGUCCUCAGCCGCCACUUCUGGUACUCGGCCUCGGCUCGCCGGCAGGACGCCCCGAAGACCCUGAUGCCCAGCUUCGCUCUGCAGGCUGGAGUGGGGCUGGCGGUCCUGCGCGGGGCCGCCAUCGCCAGGGACCUCGCCGCCAAGGAGGGCGACUUCGGCGACGCCAGCGCCAAGUGGAGCCGCCGUCAGGUGUCGGACACGUCCACCGCGACGACGAACGGCAUCGACGACGCCGACGUGGACGAGAGCUCCUGGGCCCGCAACACCACGCAGAGCAGCGUGGGCUCCGGGCGGCAGCCGCGCGUGGCCCCCGCGGCCCUCCACGAGGGCUUCGACGCGGCGAGCGUGCAGCCCUGGUCGGCGGACCUCUUCGAGACGCUGGGGAAGAUAGAGGAUGCGAACCGCAACCAUGGCAGCGUGUGCCUCAUGAAGACCAUACCCGAGGGGCGUCUCGUGGCCGUGAAGCGCAUGCCCAACGCCUGGAUCCAGGACUCGCACCGGGGCUUCGAGGAGUGGCACCCGCACGAGACGGAGCAGCCGUGGAGUGACAUCGGCUGCAACUGUUUCCUCAACAGCGUCGGCUACCCCUACUGCAUGCAGUUUCUUGGAGUCUUCCGCGACUCGCAGACGACGAGCGUCGUCACGGAGUUCGCCAACGGGGGCGACCUCUUCCAGUGGGCCGCCGAGCUGAAGGAGCAGCCCGGUCCCGAGCGCGAGGCACGCGUCAAGCCCUUGGUCAGACAGAUCAUGCACGGCGUCCAGUGCUUGCACAACAUGUCCAUCGUCCAUGGCGACCUCUCCAUGGAGAACGUGCUUCUCAGCUCGCGCGAGGAUUCUGGCUCUACGCGGGCCCGGCUCAUCGACUUCGGGGCUGCGACCACUGAGCGCUUCGUGUCAAAGCGCGCCACGGGCAAGCCGAGCUACCAGGCUCCAGAGAUGUUCGGCGACGAGUGUAUUCGGGACGGCUUUCUUUCCGAUGCCUUCUCCGUGGGCGUCGUGCUGUACGCUAUGUGCUUGAUGGAUUACCCUUGGCUCUCGACAUCGGGGGCCGACAAGUGCUUCGAAUACGUGAAAGCAAAGGGCUUAGCGGCGUUCUUGAAAAAACGGAAGCUCCUCACAAGUAAGCAAUCAAUGAGCGAGGUCAUAUCUCCCGAAUUGAGGGUCUUGCUUGUGGGCCUCUUGGAGUUUGAUCCGUCCAAGCGUCUGACACUUGGCGAGGAUGCAUUCGGCUCCGACCGUCGCUCUGUCUGGGAUGAACGCUGGAUGCAGUGAGAGCACACUGCUUCCUCGCAUGCGCGCAAGUAAGCACCAAGUGUAAAGUACGUGCCCUGGCAAGCGCAGUAUUUUAACCGCAGGCUACCAGUCAUCUUCAUGACUCAAGCCAGACUUUCGUGCCAGUCUAUCUAUGCGCAUGGCGCGCGGUAACGAAGCGGAGGCGUUUAGCCCCUACCGCACGUGUGCAAAGCAUGCGUUUUUUUGCUGGUGUUUCGUGCGCGGAGUUAGGUCUUUGAAGGACUUUUGAAGCCAAGGACUGAGAACAGCGCAAGCGAACUUGGACCAUACCAGACACAUCGAUGCUUGUCUGACCUCGCGGAGCCGUGCCUUUUUGGCGCCGUGCUGUUUGCAGCCAAUUGCUGAGAGCAGCACGGUUGAUCUGAACUAGGCAGCGGUGUCCAGUGCUUCAUGCACAUGCUCAUGUCCACUGGAGACCGUCGAUGCCCAUAGAUGCAUGAGGAGAUGGACGCUCAGCGUUGCACCGCAGGUUUCAUUGUUGGCGCUUUACUUCGCACUGCUCGCACAUGACUUGUAGGGGAAGCUCGCUGUUCGCAUGGCCCGUAAUCGCUGGUCUGCUUGGACGUCUGUCCGAGUAUGUCGGGCGGUGUGGAGCGAGUUGCCGAGGUGUGGCGAGCCUCUCCGCUCUUGUCGGUGCCCCGUAUUAACACGAUGAUCACAGGGUGGAUGGGGUAUGUAUUCGGUAGCAACUCAUGACGCUGGAUGAGCAGGGAGGGAGGACUGGAGGAGGACCCUGAUUGCCUCAGGGCCCGGAGCGCUGCCCCGCCUCCCCCUGCCUCUGCCGCCGCGGCGCGACCCUCCCGCUUGCUGUCAGUCGACGCGGGCUAGACACAGAGUUGCUGUGUCUUGAUUUGGUACACGGUGUCGGGCGUCUGAGCUGUUUCGGCUUCCCAGCGAGGAAAUGCCUUGUCGACAGCUCGAUCCUGGUUUCACACGACGCCGUGACCGCGAUUUUCCGCUUCAGUAAGCAAUGGGUUCCUCGUUUCCAGCGCCGCUGCCGAGUCGUGGCUUCAGUCGAAGAACAA